GAUGGAUACACGUGAAGACACGCAUUUUGGACUCCACCAAACACAAACAAGAAUUGUGGAGGACUCUCCGUCACGCUUUGGCACCUUCUCUUCUUCAUUGUCCGGCUCACCCACCACCACCACCAAAAUCUUUCCGUGUUUGGGAAGUCAAGUUGAUUGAACACCGGAAGGCUGUGGACUGGGUCUCUGAUUUCCGUUAUCAGAACCCAGAAAUUCUCUGCUUUUCAGUUUUGCAGUUUCUCUUGCCACAUCCACUUCCACAAUGUCGAGCUUGGAGCAGCCACUAGCUCUGGACAAUUUGCCAAGCCUGAGCUCUAUCGAUCGAUUUACUAGGUUUUCAACCAGUGCUUGCAGGACAAAUGGAGAGGACAUGGGGAUGGGAAGUUGCUGGAUUGAAGGGAGAAACUGCAGCACAUCCAACAGCUGUGAUGAAGAUUUUGAUGAGUGCACAGGAGAAUCAUUCAGAUGGGGAAGGCAAAAGACUAAAGAAAUUAACAAUAGGAGGACUUCAAGCUUAAGCAGGAAUCAUGUAGUAUAUGCAAGUCCAUCUGAUUCACAGUAUCUGCCUGAACAUACAUACACCUCCUACUGCAAUGGCAAAGGAAUAAAGUCCAUGACAAAUAAGCAGUUCUUGAAAUAUAUGCCAAAGUAUGUGAAAAUAGUGGAAGUAGGUCCAAGAGAUGGACUACAAAAUGAGAAGAACAUUGUACCUACCUCUGUGAAGGUAGAACUGAUUCAUAGGCUAAUAUCUUGUGGUUUGUCAGUUGUUGAGGCCACAAGUUUUGUCUCGCCGAAAUGGGUGCCUCAGCUGGCAGAUGCAAAGGAUUUAAUGAAAGCAGUUAGAAACAUUGAGGGUGUAAGAUUGCCUGUCUUGACACCUAAUUUGAAAGGUUUUGAAGCAGCUGUUGCAGCAGGAGCAAGGGAUGUAGCCAUCUUUGCAUCAGCUUCUGAGUCUUUUUCAAAGUCAAACAUCAACUGUAGCAUUGAAGAGAGUCUUACUCGAUAUCGCAUUGUUGCUGAGGCUGCUAAAAACCUCUCAAUUCCUGUUCGUGGGUACAUCUCAUGCGUGGUUGGUUGUCCUGUAGAAGGACCUAUUCCUCCUUCAAAAGUGGCCUAUGUGGCAAAAGAACUUUAUAACAUGGGCUGCUUCGAAAUCUCCCUUGGUGACACAAUUGGAGUUGGAACACCUGGGACUGUUCUUCCUAUGCUUGAAGCUGUAAUGGCUGUUGUUCCGGUUGAGAAGCUUGCUGUCCAUUUCCACGAUACUUAUGGCCAGUCUCUUCCAAACAUUUUAGCAUCCCUCCAAAUGGGGAUUAGCACUGUCGACUCCUCGAUUGCAGGUCUAGGAGGGUGUCCAUAUGCCAAGGGAGCUUCAGGGAACGUUGCCACGGAGGACGUGGUGUACAUGCUUAACGGGCUUGGCGUGAAAACAGGUGUGGAUCUCAGAAAGCUCCUGCAGGCUGGGGAGUUCAUUGGUAAGCAUCUGGGCCGCCCAUCAGGCUCCAAGACUGCCAUUGCCUUGAGCCGAGCCACGGCCGAUACCUCUAAGAUAUAGAAAGUUUUCUUCUUCCUAAACACAUUGCCCUUGUGGAGCUUUGCAUAUAUGUAUGUAUGGGAAUAAAGGAACUGGGAGCUACAGAUCCAGUAAUAAUUGUAUUGGAAACUCUAGUGUCACUGUGUUAGAAUCUGAAUCCAUGUACAAGGAAAGCUGCUACAUGAAUUUGAAAUGAAAGCCGUAUUGCACCCUUAAGUACAGAAAGGAAUCCAUAAAUUCCUGUGCUUUUGAAUCUCA